CCAUCACCAAUUUGGCGUAACAGUUUUGGUGCAGUUUGGAUAAAAUGGUGGAACCUAGUUUUGAUUGCGAACCAAAUGUAUCGGGGGAUACUGGAACCUAAUUUUGAUCGGGAGCGGUGGAAGAAAGGGAAUGCAGCUCACGAUCGUUAGCGGAAUAUUCUAGUGAAUCGAAGGUACGAGAGCGGGAGUGCGAGCGAGCGUAGAAGCCCGUCCGCACGAGGGUCGACGGGGUCACUCUCUCCUGACGUCCGUUUGUUUAAAAUCCCUUGAGAACCGAACGACCAAGAUGGCAGCCCUGCGCCUGCUGCUGAGAGUCAGAACCCUCGCCGCCUCUCCGGCCUCCGCUCCCCUCUCCCACGUCGCCUGCCGCCGCGUCUCCGCUCUCCGGCCACCCGUCCGUUCCAUGGCCGCCGCUUCCGACGCCUUCCAGAAGGUCCAGAUCCACCGCGAUGACACCACAUUUGAUGCAUAUGUAGUUGGAAAAGAAAACGCUCCAGGAAUAGUGGUGUUGCAGGAGUGGUGGGGGGUUGAUUUUGAGGUCAAGAACCACGCUUUGCACAUUUCCCAGAUGAAUCCAGGCUUUAGAGCUUUAAUUCCGGAUUUGUAUCGUGGAAAGGUUGGCUUGGAUGUUGCUGAGGCACAACACUUGAUGGAUGGUCUGGACUGGCAGGGUGCUGUUAAGGACAUACGUGCUUCAGUUAACUGGCUUAAGGCAAAUGGUUCGUCCAAGGUUGGUGUAACUGGAUAUUGUAUGGGGGGUGCUUUGUCCAUUGCAAGUGCAGUUCUGGUCCCUGAGGUUGAUGCUGUUGUUGCCUUCUAUGGAGUUCCUUCAUCAGAACUUGCUGAUCCCUCCCAGGCAAAGGCUCCUGUGCAGGCUCACUUUGGGGAGCUUGACAACUUUGUUGGAUUUUCUGAUAUCACUGCAGCAAAAUCCUUGGAGGAAAAGUUGAAGCGCUCGGGAGUUCCAUAUGAGGUUCAUAUAUAUCCUGGCUGUGCUCAUGCCUUCAUGAAUGCCUCACCUGAUGGCAUCAAGAGGAGGAAGGCAAUGGGAAUGGAUGAUGAGAACCCUGCAGCUACUGAGUUGGCCUGGUCUCGUUUCCGCUCUUGGAUGGGUGCUUACUUGCUGUCUCCUUGAAUCGUUUUUCUAGGACUUGUUCGACCCAGUAAAGGCUGUUUAAUAAUUUUAACUGUGACUUUGCGUGGUGUUUGUGGUAUCUUUAUGGCAGCUUUGUGAAUUCCAUGUCAUGCGAACUUGGUCAGGCAUCAGUGCGUAAUUAUGUCAAUGCCCAUGUGAAGUACAACAGUUAAGUGUUUAAUAUGCAUCUUUUGGAGUGUGAUGUGGUAUUGAAAAUGA